AUCUCAUCAGAUCAAACAUGGCUUCUUCAGAUGAUUUAAAAUACGUCUACAAACUUGUCCCAUCGAGUGCACCCAUUCCUGAGUCUUUACCGGACCGACUGCCUGUCAGCGAUCUGGACUUACAGUCGGGCUUUAUUCAUCUUUCGUCGGCCCGUCAAGUGCCGAACACUUUGAAAUUUUUCUUCAAGGACGAGCCGCUUGUAUAUGUUCUCCGGCUGGAGUAUGCCGGGGUUGAAGAUAAUAUACGAUGGGAAAGCCCUGAUGCGAAGAUAUGCGGGCCACGGGAUGGAGAGGGGAUGUUUCCGCAUCUCUAUAAUGGUCUCAAACUAGGAAAGAAGGAGAUCGAAAGUGUGGCUGUUUGGAAGAAUGAGAAUGGCUGGGAUCAUGCGUUAGAAAACGCUGCCUCGUGGCUCAUAUAGAUCCAAUAGAAUAGAUGCAUGCAAUCCUACGGCGAUUUUGCGAAAGAUAUGCCGGCAGCGUCACGAAGAGUAGGGGGAAUCAAACCACACUCAGUCGCCAAGAGGAUAACAAUGCAAGAUCUGACCAUCUGUGAUCGAGUGUCAGCUGAAUACAUAGCACGAAAUGGCAGAUAACUCACAGUAUAGCGAAGCUUCAGGACUAGCCAGAAACACAAAGGUAGGGGCUACCUCACUGGGCUGACCCGGACGUCCGAGUGGGCUCUUCGAAUGCCAACCUUCCAUUUGCUUUGCCGGCCGUGUAUCGGGUUGAAUUGGGGUAUAUAUGGCGCCAGGUCUUCAGCAUUAGGCUGUUAGUGUGUACUAUUUCUAAGACAUCUUACGGUUGGAGACUUACGCAACCGCAUUGACCCUAAUGCCUUUAGGGAUCAAUUGAGUUGCCAGGGAGCGUGUAAACCCUACAAUGGCUCCUUUGGUGGCUGCAUAAUCUACCAUACUAGCAGAACCACGGAAAGUGACG